AACGGAAACUUUUUCUUUUUCUUUUCCUUAAAAUGAAUGAAACGGAUGAUAAAACAUAUUCAUGGGAUGAUCGAAUAGAUGACUUUAUGUCUAUUCUUUAUAAUAAAGUUAAAGAUUCAAAAGAUUCAAAUAAAUUUAUUCCAAAUAAGAUUUUUCUAAAUGUAUCUUUAUUAUCAACUUUAAUAUUUUUAUUUUUUGUAAACCAUGAAAAUAAUGAUGAUGACAUUUUCGUACAAAUUAAAGAUAAAGCAAAGGAUAUUACUUGUAAAGAAAUUGUUGAAACAGAAUUAAAUUAUUGGAUAAGAAAAUUUCAACCAAUUAAAAAAUUACUUUUGGAAUAUUUAGUCAUUCAAGAAAAUGAUAUAAGAGUCAUUCAUAUAACAAACCUCGUCGAAAAAUGUAACUUAUUUUUUGAAGAAAUCUCGAAAAAUGAAAAAAUAAUGCAUUUGAUACCUUUUACUGUUACCUUUGCAAUCAUGCAUUUUACUGUCCUAAGAGAAUCUUUAAAAUUACAGACGUCAAAUUUCGGAAUUAAUGAGUUUAAAGAAAUAAUUUCUCGCUAUAAAGACCAUUUUACAAAUUCUUUUAAUCAAUUCUUUGCAUGGCGAACAGAUCAAAUAACAACGAAAACUUCUAUUUCUAAUGAUUUAAACUCAACAUCAUUAUUUACUUUUCAAGCUAAUGGCGAGGUUAAAGAUAAAGUUUGUAAUAAAACAGUGAAUUAUUUUGCAAAAUCUUCAAAUGAUCAAAUAUUCAUAAAAGUAUUUGACCUUAUCAAAUUAAGAAUGUUUACAGAAGCAAAAGCAGAUUUUAUGAAGAUGUUUUUGCAUAUCUUUUCGUUAACUAAUUUCGUUCAUGAUUUUGAGCCUUCAUAUAAUAUUUCUUGGCCUCUUAGUAUUAGCAGUUUUUGGGUUGGGCCAUAUGGUAUUGAUACCUUUCCUGAUGGUUCACAUAAUUUUGAUGAUAAUUCUAAAAUAUUUUAUAAUAUAUCUGAAGAUGAAUCAGGCGUUAUCACAAAAAUUGAAAUAAGAUGUGGUGGAAUAGUUGAUCAUAUUCAAGCUUUUUAUGAAGAUGGUAGAGUCGGUAAAAAAAUUGGAAAUGGAGGUGGAUCAAAACAUGUCGUUUCAGAUCUGGAUAAAUCUUCAAAAUAUAUUGUUGCUGUGAAAUUAAUGUUUGGUCUUGGACUACUUGGUACUAUAGAAUUUAUUUUCAAUGAUGGAAAUACUACUGGAUUAUUGGGAUCUCUUCAUGAAAAUGAUCAUGAUAUAACUGGAUCAAUUCAAAUUGGUCCAUUUGGGAAACAUAAUAAAUUUAGAUUAUCGAGCAUUAUGGGAGGUGGAGGAAAGAUUAGAAUAAACAAAGAUUAUGGUGAAAAUGUUGCUCAUGUAGCAUUCAAAUUUCAACAUAUAGAUUCCGUUUGAUUUACUAUUCGUUCAUUUAGAAAGUAAUUAACUUUAAACAAUGACAAUAGCUUAGGUAAAAACUUACUUCCGUCCUUCUUUCCCGAUGGCUCACAUAAUUUCUAAAAUAUUUUAUAAUAUAUCUGAAGAUGAAUCAGGCGUUAUCACAAAAAUAAAAUUAAGAAGUGGUGAAAUAAUUGAUCAUAUCCAAGCUUUUUAUGAAGGCGGUAGAGCCGGUGAAGGUGGAGUAGGAUAUAUCAUUUCAGAUCUGGAUAAUUCUUCAAAAUAUAUCGUUGUCGCGAAUUUAAUUUUUGGAGUUGGACUACUUGGUACAAUAAAAUUUAUUUUCAAUGAUGGUAAAUCUGCUAAAUUUGGAAAGCUUUAUCAAUUGCAUCAAGUAACUGGUUCAAAUUGGUCCAUUCGGGAAACAUAAUAAAUUUAGAUU